AUGUAUUUUCUUGAACUAUUAUCAUCUCUAUGGAUGCUUUUAUGUAGUAUUUUCGGUAUUAUCUGUGCCAUGACCUUUAUUGUUAUCGUUGCUUCUCAUCGUCAAUUUCAUACAUUAACUAUCAUGCUUGCUUUGAAUUCAACCAUUGCUGGUAUUAUUGUCAAUAUUACUUGUUUUUGUCAAGCAAUCUAUCAGUUGACAAGUGAUGGUAAUGAUAAAUUAUGUUCACUUCGAGGUUUUCUUCUUCAUGCUGGUGCUGGUCUCUUGUAUCAAACACUUUGUGUUCAAGCACUUCAUCGUCUUUUUGUAGUUGUGUUUGCCACACGACGUUAUCUCCGAUCAACAAAAGUCAUGGCAUCUAUUACGAUCAUUCAAUGGUUGAUUUCGAUGACAUUUGGUAUUCCUGCGUUAAUGAUUGGACGAAUCGUAUAUCAAUCGGGUAGUCGCAUUUGUCAGGCAUCAUUGAACGAUCUAAUUAUCUUUUUAUAUUUGUCAAUGUUUAUCUAUUUCUGUCCAAUUACUAUCAUUGUUCUAAUCUAUAUUCGAAUUGUUCAUUUUACAAAACAACAUACUUUUACAACAAAUAUUCAACAUAGUGCAGCUAAUCGGCAUCGACAACGUCGUGAGCUUCGUUUUAUUCGCCGUCUUCUUAUCAUUGUUGCUGUUGUAUUCUUUAUGAGUUUUCCAUAUUUGAUUUUCUUUCUUCGAGCACAAUUUUUUCCUCAUGCAGAAUCAUUACCUUAUGCACAACGAGUCAGUUUUGUCUCACUUUCAUUCGGAUUCAGUAUAUGGAUGUUGCUUAACUUGAUUUUUACAGAUAAAGUAAGAAAACAUUUAAUCAAGAUAAUACAAGCCUUGUCAUCAAGACAAAGAGCUCCACGAAUUCAACCUCAGAAUACCAUCGAUCAAACUAUCACUGCACGAAUCACACAGAAAUGA